UGCGAAGACCACAUAGCUCGUUGCCGUACGACGCCAACGACCUCGCGAUCGAGGCCUUACGAAUGGGCCACGCCGGGCAGGCGCUCUUGGAGCAAGGCCGCGCCCUCCCGAGCAACCUCUCAUUCAUGGCGUUCAACUGGGAAGCCGAGUACUUUUGGAUGAAGUCGUCAACGAAUGGGAUCAUCUUGACCAUGGCGCUCUCGUGCUUCCUCGCAAUUGCGGCCAUUGGGUGGUCCAUGUCGGGGUCGCUCCGCUUUGCGAUCUUUCUCGUGCUCGUGAUCAUUCCGUCAUCGCAUGCGCUCUUUGCCGUCUACUUGGCCAAUUCGAUCGAGGCCGCCGACUACUGCAUCGCGCCAGCACACAACACGCUCCGGCCCUUCCGCAACGACUCUGGUGUUGCGUACUUGUGCCGAGUCAGCCACGGAAGCAAUGGCGCUCGCAAUUGUCGGGCUAACGCCGAUGUCGACUGCCGUCUGGAUAACCGACGACAGACUCGCACCGCACCGGUGUCGGCGGCAACCGCGAUGAUGGUCGCCUGCUCUGGCGUGGCACCGGCGGCGAUCACGGCCUGGAUGACGUCUUCGAUCGGGGCGGGCGUAGCAUCGCUGACCGAGCCAGCCGACGACGACGUCGUCGACGCAACUGCGGACGCGAUGGCCGACGCCACCGACGACUUGACACCGGCGUCCGCCGCGACUUGUUGAAUCUCUUGG